AUGGGGCACUGCUGCCUGAAAGUCACAAUGUACUUCUUUGUCUUCUUCAACCACCUCUUCAUCAUCUUGGGCGCUCUGGUGCUGGCUGCUGGGCUAUGGAUCUUGUUCGACAAGUACACCUUUAUAUUCUUUCGGCAGGCUUCGCCGCCCUCCUUCACGGCCAGCGUGUACCUCAUCAUCGUGGUCGGGGCCAUCACCAUGAUGAUGGGGUUCCUGGGCUGCGUUGGCGCCUUUUACGGCAUCCAAUGCCUUUUGGGCCUGUAUAUCACCUGCCUCUUACUCAUCCUCGCGGCCCAAAUCUCCGCCGGCCUGCUCCUCUACCUCCAAGGGAACGAGCUCCACGCAAUGAUGGCCAAGAGAGUCAGCGACGUCCUCCAUCAUUACAACCCCAUCGAUGAAACCAACCAGACCGCGGAGAUCGCAUGGGACUUCAUCCAGACCCGUCUGUCUUGCUGCGGCUGGACCGGGCCGGAAAACUGGAAAAACAACACAGUCCUACGGGAAAACAACUGGAAGUUCUAUCCGUGCUCUUGCAGUAACGUCUCCCAGAUCCCCGUGGGCUUCUGCCCUUUGGACACCGCUUCCGGCAGUGUGGCCGACGACGAGUGGCCAGUUACGACGCAAGGGUGCCAGCAAAUGAUGCGGAAAUGGAUGCAGGAGAAACUGGACAGCAUUCUCGCCGUCUGCCUAGGGGUGGCCAUCACCGAGAUACUGGGAAUGCUGUUCUCCAUCUGCAUCUGCAAGAGCAAAACGCUGGCAGGGUGA